AUGAGGGAGGAUGAUUCCAAUUGGUUCCCCAAAUGGGAAGAGGAGCUGCCGUCGCCGGAAGAGCUCACGCCCCUGUCCCAAACCCUAAUCACCCCCGAUUUGGCCCUGGCCUUCAACAUCUCUGCCCCCCACGCGCCGCCUCCCCCUCCGCCGCAGCAGCCCAAUUCGUCCGAGCUCGACUCUCCGGAGCUGAGCGGGGCCGCCGCCGCGGCCCCCGGAUCCGACGAGCCCGCGAGGACUCUGAAGCGGCCCCGCCUGGUUUGGACCCCGCAGCUCCACAAGCGGUUCGUCGACGCCGUGGCCCACCUCGGGAUCAAGAACGCCGUCCCAAAGACCAUCAUGCAGCUCAUGAGUGUCGACGGGCUCACCAGGGAGAACGUCGCCAGCCACCUCCAGAAGUACAGGCUCUACCUCAAGCGGAUGCAGAGCAUCUCCGCCGCCGGCGGCGCCGCCACCGCAACCUCCGGCGUUGACCCCGCCACUGACCGCCUGUUCGCCAGCUCACCCGUUCCGCCUCAUUUCCUCCAUCCGGGCCGGGCCGGAUCGGAGCAUUUCUUGCCGUUUGUGCCUCCGGCGACUCACCACCACCACCACCACCAGGCGGUGGCGGCAGCCCAUCAUCACCCACAGCAGCUCAGGAAUUUUGGCAGCUCGCCGCCAAACGGGCAGUUUGAGCACUUGUUCUUAAGGCAAUCACAGCAGCAAAUGCAGAGAAUGUCGAGUUAUACCGAGGAUUUCGAGUCGGCCAAUGGGAAGAAAGUUCUUACUCUGUUUCCCACCGGAAACGAUUGA